ACACACUCUCUCCUCUCCUCUCCCUCCUCGUUUAUCUGUCGGCGCUUUUACCACUCACUCACUCCUACUUCCCUCCAAAUCCCAUCCUUUCUUUACUUUUUUUUUUAAUUCGUUACUGUGUUUUUCUCUUAAAUAAACUUCGCUUUCAAGUAUCAUCCCGUGACACCAUCUCUAUCUCUAACGCACUACACUGCGUUAGUUCUCCUCAUUUAUAAAUAAUAACACAACACCCACUUUACCCACAACCCAUUAAUUUCAUUCAUCACUUCUAAAAUGGCAUUGGCCAAAUUGUUGUUGUUUGUUCUACUACUGGCAAUUGGAGAAAGAAGUGUGAACGCACAUGAUUAUGCAGAGGCAUUAUCAAAGGCAAUAAUGUUCUUUGAGGGACAACGAUCGGGGUUUUUACCAGAGGACCAGAGACAGAAGUGGCGUGCGAAUUCAGGUUUGAGUGAUGGGUGGACUUACAACACUGAUCUUACUGGCGGUUACUACGACGCCGGUGAUAACAUCAAGUUUGGGUUUCCGAUGGCGUUUACGACGACAAUGUUGUCAUGGAGUGUGAUUGAGUUUGGUGAAAACAUGCCUCCUAAUGAACUCAGAAACGCUUUGGUCGCAAUUCGUUGGAGUACUGAUUAUUUGCUUAAGACUGUUUCUCAGUCUAACCGCAUUUUUGUUCAGGUGGGUGACCCAAUCUCAGACCACAACUGUUGGGAGAGGCCAGAAGACAUGGACACAAACAGGAAAGUGUAUGCUGUUGAUGCACCUAACCCAGCUUCCGAUGUCGCCGGUGAAACUGCAGCCGCACUUGCUGCUUCUUCGAUGGCAUUCCGGUCAUCGGAUCCCGGUUAUUCAGAGACAUUACUAAGAAAUGCUGUUAAGGCAUUUCAAUAUGCAGAUAGUUACAGGGGCGCAUACAGUGACAAUGCUGAUGUUAAGGAUGGUGUCUGUCCUUAUUAUUGUGAUUUUGAUGGAUACCAGGACGAAUUGUUAUGGGGUGCCGCAUGGUUAAGGAGGGCUACUCAGGAUGAAAAUUACCUAAACUACAUUCAAAGCAAUGGUAAAACACUUGGUGCUGAAGACAACAUCAAUGAGUUCGGUUGGGACAACAAGCAUGCUGGCCUCAACGUUCUUGUCUCCAAGGAAGUCCUAGAUGGAAAUGUUGAAUCUCUUGAAUCUUACAAGACCUCGGCAGAGAGCUUCCUGUGCACAUUACUACCUGAAACAUCAAGUUCACACAUCGAGUACACUCCUGGUGGACUCAUAUACAGACCAGGUGGAAGCAACUUACAACAUGCAACUUCAAUUGCUUUCCUUGAGUUAGUCUACGCCAAAUACUUAUCCCGCACGUCACAAACCAUCAAUUGUGGCAAUGUUUAUGUUAGUGCACAAACACUUCGGGAGCGCGCCAAGAGACAAGUUGAUUACAUUUUAGGUGAUAACCCCUUGGGUUUAUCUUACAUGGUUGGUUAUGGUAACAACUAUCCACAACGUAUUCAUCACCGUGGCUCAUCUCUACCUUCUAUUAAGGACCAUCCUCAACAGAUUGCUUGCAAGGAAGGUUCAAUAUACUUCAAUUCAACAAAUCCUAACCCAAAUGUUCUUGUAGGAGCUAUUGUGGGAGGACCUGGAGAAGAUGAUGUUUAUGUGGAUGACAGGGCUGAUUAUAGAAAAUCUGAGCCAACUACAUAUAUUAAUGCGCCAUUUGUUGGGGUUUUAGCAUAUUUUGUUGCUAAUUAAUCCCAUUAAUCCUUAACAGAUUAAUUACAAGGAUAUGAUUAUUAUACAGAUCUAAGUAUCUUCUUUUGUAGAUAGUAAAAGGUUUAUAUACAGGAAAGGUUAAUGUGUCUCUCAUCUUAAGAAAAUCAAGAAGGAAGAGACUUGCUUGUGUCUGUUGGGUGGAUACAUAGGAAUACUACAGAAUUUGAAGUGUCACAAAAUAUGUGACUUUUCCAUUAAAGGGUGAAAAACGAGAACUUAUGCACUACUGUAAUGUUUUUUUCUUUCUUGAAUUUAACAAGAAUAGAGUGAGUGUGUCAUUGUGGUUGUUUGUUAAUUGUCUUCAAGUUAGCCACGAAGCUUUUUGUUUUGAUUGUGCGUUAUA